AUGGCGUCGCUGUUCAAGGUCAAGGCGUUGUACGACUUCGAAGCCAAGGAGGAGGACGACCUGGCCUUCUCCACCGGCCAGAUCAUAGACAUUACCGAAGAGAUCGACGACAACUGGCUGGAGGGACGGUACACGGACAGCAAUGGGGGCGACCAGAGUGGCAUCUUCCCACGGGAGUUCGUGGAGAAGUACGAGCCGCCCGUACCCUCUCGUCCUACACGACCCACCAGGCCCAAGCAGGAAACGGCUCCAGUACCCGUUGCUGUGACAGGACCAGUGCACCCAAUUCCUUCGACUGUGAGCGAAGAGCCGAGUGCUGAGAUCGAGCCCCCUGCCCUGCCUGCCCAGUCGAAACCGCAGCCUCCACCGGUGGAAACAUCCAUGGCAUCCAGCGCAGACGAGAAUGUGCGAUCGCCUCAGUCUGCAGGCAGUGUCAGGAGUCCUCCCGUUAGAGCCGAACCUCCACCUGCUCCGAAGCCUACACCGGCAGAGCCAGCAGCGCCGGCCUCGAAUAAAAAGCCUCCUCCGAUAGCACCGAAAAGCAACGCGUUCAAGGACAGGAUUGCUGCCUUCAACCAGCCUGCUGCAGCACCGGUGAUACCCAUGGUCCCUGGCGGGUCGAAGCCUAGCACCUUCAUCAGGAAACCCUUUGUCGCCCCACCGCCAAUGGCAAACUCCUAUGUUCCACCUCCGAAGGUCGAGCAGCCUGUGCACAAGCCAUACAUCAGGCAAGAAGAUCCGGAGAUCAGGCAAAGGCAGGAGGAUGAUCGUGCAGCUGCGGAGGCGGCGGGUUUGACAAGCGAGCAAUCUGGUGCACAGCAGGAAGAAGAUGAGGAUGCGCCCCAGCCUACCAGCUUGAAGGAGCGGAUUGCUCGUCUGCAGCAACAACAGCUUGAGCAAGCGCAGCGCAGAGCAGAGGGUGCGCCGAAAGAGAAGAAGAGGGCUCCGGUCAAGAAAGCUUCUGAGCAUGAGGAAGACGUCGAGCAAGGGCAAGAAGCCGAGGGCGAGGACAUGGACCGCCAGCGCAAUACAGAUACAGCGACCCAAAGACAAUCUCUGGACGUUUCACGCGAGAGGCCACGCGUACCAUCUGCGCAACGACAGCCUCGCGAGCCACUUUCGCCAAUACCCACUGUACCAGAUCACGAGCUAGUCAGCGACGGGCACGAGGCGGAUCAGUCUGGAGCAGGAGAUACAGAUGACGCCGGCACGAUCGGCCCAGAAGACAGUGACGAUACGCAAGCGCCUAUGCCACCGCCACGUGCUGCUGCUGCGCCAAAGCGGGAGCCAGAUGUUGGCGAAGAGGAGGGCGCUACCGACGAAGGUGGAGACGAGGCAGAGGACGAUAUGGACGACGAGACGCGUCGAAGACUGGAGUUGCGAGAGCGCAUGGCCAAGAUGAGCGGCGGUAUGGGCAUGGCUGGCAUGUUUGGUCCUCCCGGUGGCAUGCCAAUGCCCGGCGGAUCCCAAUCAAAGAAGCGCUUAACGAGGGAGAAGAAGCCCAGCGAGGACGAUAUGCCACAAUCGCCAACGCAGCAGCAACGCGUUCCCAUGGUACCUGUGCCCGGAAUAAACAGAAUGCAGAGCCCAGAGUCUGAUCGCACGCAGAUGGCAGAGGACAAUGAGCCGUCCGGCAUCUACGCCGAACCUGAGCGCAGGCACUCUCUUGCACCAUCGAGAAAGUCCACCACCGAAGAACGCGGUGCACCCCCUCCUGUGCCUUCAGCCUCACGCCCUUCAGUUGAUCGAGCUGUUCCUCCAGUUCCUGAAGGACGACAGGUACCGCCGCCGCCUCCUCCAGCCGUGCCAAUGUCGCCAGGUCCUGGUAGUGAGUCUGACGAUGAGGCCUCAAUACGCCCACCGAGGCGCGAGAACGAUACUCCUGACAUCGAGACCCCAGUUCCGUUGCCAAUAAGAAGUGCCUCGGGGGCUGCGCCGCCUGUACCUGGCUAUGAAUCUGUACGAUCGCCUGACAACAAGCGAGCAUCAUACUUUGGCAGCGAUCCACCUUCUGCGGUGUCCGACAAGAGAGCCAGUCGACCACCUCCUCCCAUACCGCAGAGCCCUCUUGCGUCUCCACGCCCGCCCCCGCCACCGCCACCUCCUCCGGCCGCUAUCCCGAGCCGACAAGCCACGCAGAUCGAAGAGGAGACAGAGCGAGGUGAAAGUGACUAUGAGGGAGAUUACGACACCGAUAUCGCGUCCAGUGCUAAACACAAAGAUGCUCUCAAGGCUCAUGUUCGAGAGCCGAGUCUUGACGACAGCACGACUGCAGAUGAUACUCCAAUGAGCGCUCCUCCUCCUCCACCUCAUGCCGCGGUGCCCAGAGCAGUCCCUCCGCCACCACCAGCCGGCAGGCCUUCGAUGGACACUCCUCGCGCACCUCCUCCAAUGCCACCUCCACGACCAGUUGAGGAUGAUGACGAAUAUGAUCCUUACCGCUAUGACGAGAACAGGCAAAGAGGUCCUCAACCGCCAACGCCCGGUGCCGUCCCUGUCGUAGCCCCUCCCAUUCCACCUCGAGAGCCCGAGCUGCAACAAGAAAGCUCAGCUGAUGAUCUAUACUCCGCAACGCCACCUCGAAGGUCAGUCGAGCAGCCGCCUCGUGCUGUCCCUGCCCCACCUUCACAAGAAAUGCCGCCCGCUAGAGCACCGCCUCGACAGUCGUUAGAUGUGCAACGGUCGAAUACGGUAGCUCGAAGGUCAACGGAUGGUCCUAGACCUGGUGAGAAUGACCAGAUUGCCAACGACCUCGAUCUUGGUGAGAACACCACCUGGUGGACGGCAUCACAACCACUACCGCCAGUGUUACAGAGCCGCAAUGGUAUUGAUAUCUUGUCGGAAUGUGAGGAGUCGACUACUUCGAAGAGAGGUGGCAGGACCACAAUCUCGAAGGACAUCUAUGUGCUCUUCAUCGACUACAGCCAAACGAUCAUCACGGUGCAGUAUGACUCGCAGAACGCUGGCGAUGUCAAGCUCGAACAACGGCAUUUGGCACCACCUCCCAAGCUUCGACAAGACCAGCUUGAGACUUACUGGCAACGAUUCGGCGGCAACAUCGCGAGGAGCGCAAACGAGCUGGGCCACAGUAAGAAGGACUCUGUAGCCGGCGACGGGAGCCCUGGUGGUCUCGUGUCGGCUUUGAUCAAGUCUCAAAAAGACGCCCUCCAACCCGUCGGCAACCGCGCCUACGGCUCCCUCGUCUACGCCAACCUCGCCAACGCCUCCACUAUGCAAUUCGACGAGAUACGCCCCGGAGACAUCGUGACUCUCCGCAAUGCACGCUUUGAAGGUACCCACGGCGCCAUGAAGCAUAAAUACAAGCAAGACUACGGUAGUCAUCACGUCGCCAUUGUGGAGGAAUGGGAUGGCACGAGACGAGCCAUCCGAGGUUGGGAGCAGGGGAGGGAGAAGGCGAAGAUUAGGAGUGAGAAGUUCCGUUUGGGCGAUUUGAGGAGUGGGGAGGUGAAGGUUUGGAGGGUUGUUGGGAGGGAUUGGGUUGAUUGGCAGAGUUGA